UUGUCCUUUGUUUAAAUUUCAUGGAAAACAACUCACGGGUUGUUCAUAGAAUUCAGCUAUAUAUAAAAACUAUAACAUCAAAAACACAUCAAGACCUCCCCCCAAAAAUGAAGGUAUAGAAACCAAGAAAACCUUUAGGAACCCUAGCUGCUAAGGACUAAUGGGUUCUAAGGUCAUGAUACCAAUGUUCUUCAUAUGCAUGUUGUUCAUGUUGAUUUCGCCACCACCCAUACUUGCUUGUGGUGGGUGUUGCCCUACACCAACCAAACCGCCUCACCACUGCCUUAGCCCGCCUUCUACUCCCCGGCCCCACCCACCAAGCGCUCCCCGGCCCCACCCGCCGCCCCACGGAGGGCGGCCCAAGGUGUCGCCGCCUUCGCAUAAACCACCGCCAGGAACUUCACCACCACCGCCGGUUACAACUCCGCCAAUUUACAAUCCCCCGGGCAUAUUACCUCCUAUAAUAAACCCUCCGGGAGUGUCGCCUCCGGGAACCACUCCUCCCUAUCCGCCUUACUGGGGACCGCCAGGACCUCCUUCCGGCGGUCCUCCUGGAGGAGGUGGCGGAGGCAGAGGGAGGCCAGGUGUCAGCCCACCGCCAACGCCUGCCACCCAACCGAAAUGCCCAAUCAACGCGCUUAAAUUAGGGUUGUGUGUUGACGUGCUUGGAGGGUUGGUGCAUAUUGGGAUAGGGGACCCGGUUGAGAAUGUGUGUUGCCCAGUGCUUAAAGGGUUGCUUGAGCUGGAAGCAGCUAUUUGCCUUUGCACUACCAUAAGGCUUAAGCUUCUCAACCUCAACAUAUUCCUUCCUCUUGCUCUUCAGGUGCUUGCUACUUGUGGGCUUACUCCGCCGCCUGGUUUCUUGUGUCCACCUCUUGUGUAGUUCAUUCCGACGUCUUGUAUAUCAGUCAUCGUUUUUUGUAUCUGUAUUUCAUGUAUCUGCCAAUAUCGGACAGUAACUUGGGUUCCUCUGGGUGUGGUUGUCGGUUUUUUUUUUCUUCUUUCUUGCUAGAUAAAUAUUGUAAGUUGAAUGUGGUUUUUGUUUUGUGUUAUAUGAUUUGGCUUCUUGAUGAAUACGAGGGCAUGCAUGUUGUUGAAUUAA